AUGGACUCUGUUCCAGCUCCCUCAGGAUGUACCGACCCAUGCAAAUCGCCUGUCCUUAUUUGCCUGAACACACCACCUUCAAACGAGCAGAAUCAGUGCCCCAGCACUGAGGAUAUAAAACCCGUGACUCCAACUGACCUUCCUGUGCUUUCCAUCAGGUGCCCGGACAAGAUGCAGGUGGUAGACAAGGAUGAGGCGGAAAAGACGAGGGAGGCAGAGUGGUCCCUGCUUCCUCAUGGGGAGGUGUCCCAGAUAGAUGGGGUCACCCUAGGGAAGCAGACGUGCAGCCUCUGGAAGGAAAUCUGGGCCUUCCAAGCCAGGCCUGACGACCUGGUCAUCGCUUCCUACCCCAAAGCAGGAACCACCUGGACUCAGGAAAUCGUGGAUUUGAUACAGAAUGACGGGGACAUUGAGAAGAGCCAGAGGAGCCCCAUUCAGCUGCGACAGCCUUUCCUGGAGUGGACACGAGCUACGUACUUUGGAGUUGACCAUGCAAAUGCCAUACCUUCCCCGAGGACCCUGAAAACUCACCUUCCUGUACAACUGCUGCCUCCAUCUUUCUGGGAAAAAAACUGUAAGAUGAUCUACGUGGCAAGGAACGCCAAGGACAACAUGGUGUCCUACUACCAUUUUCAAAGGAUGAACAAGAGGCUCCCGGACCCAGGGAGCUGGGACGAGUACUUUGAAAUCUUCCUGGCUGGCAAAGUGCUCUGGGGGUCCUGGUAUGAGCACGUGAAAAGCUGGUGGAGGAAGAAAGACAGCCACCCCAUCCUCUACCUUUUCUAUGAAGACAUGCUGAAAGAUCCAAAACGUGAAAUUAGAAAAGUGAUGGAAUUCCUGGGAAAGAAUCUGAAAGAAGAGGUUUUAGACAAAAUUGUCUAUCACACUUCGUUCGACGUCAUGAAAAACAAUCCCAUGACCAACUACAUAGACGACAAGCACUUGAAUCACAAGCUCUCUCCCUUCAUGAGAAAAGGAGUCAUGGGAGAUUGGAAAAAUCAGUUCACUGAAGCUCAGAACAAGAAGUUUAAUGAAGACUAUGAGAAACACAUGGCUGAUACCUCGCUGACCUUCUGCAUGGAACCAUAAGGAGCAGCCUCUGUGGAGUGGAUUGCAUGACUUGAUACCAGGGUUUGUAAACAAUGACCUGGGCGUUCUUCAGCCUUGAAUUCCUGAUAUGCCUUUUGGGUGAACCCCGGGGUGACCUCAGCUAUCCAGCACCAAUAUGCACCAGUUUUCUUCUCUCUCUGCAGAUUUUCAGUGUUGAGGUGAAUUUCCGAAUACCAACAUGUAUUGUAUGAUAGCAUACACAUUUAAUCAUUUCUUCUACAUAACCUCUUUCUAUCUUUUAUAAUUUUCUUCUAAUUAAAAUACUUCUUUCAGUCUUA